AUGUUUGGUCUUGCAGAAGACAUACAACAAGGGAAAAUCUCAAUAUCAAAUCUUCACCUACGAGAUGUUGAAGAUAUAACAAUGAAUGAAGAAACAGUUAACACAUUUUUUAAAGAAUUAUAUGAAUCAGGAGAUGGUGAUUAUUCAUUUGAAGGAGACAAAGAAAUGAAAGUAUAUAAAUUUAUUUUAUCAACGCGAUGUUCAUAUUUUUAUCAAUACUUUAGUUUAGAAAAACAACCAACGAUUGAAUUAAAUAAAGAAACAUUAAAAGGAUUUAUUACAUGGUGUUAUACAAAUAAAAUUGAAAUGGAAAUGAAAGAAUGUUUAGAAUUACUUCAUUUUAUUCAAAAGAAUUGGAUUAAUGAACCAAUUAGUAGUAUAUUUUAUUGUAUUAUUAAAAGAAUUAAAAAUGACUUUGAAGCAAAUAUAUAUGAUAAUUGGGCAUUAGUAGAAGAAUUCUUUUUAAAUGAAGCACAUAGAAGAUAUUAUGAAGAUUAUUUUAAAAGUUUAAGUCAACUUUGUUUAAAAGAAAUAAUAAAUAAAAAAGAUUAUUCAUUUGUAGGAAAGAUAUUACCAUAUGUAUUACUUUCAAUGAAUAAACAUAUUGAAAUUAUAAAAGAAAAAAAGAAUAUUGAAAAGAAAAAGAAAACAAAAAAAAAUAUAACAAAACCAAUUGAAACAGAUUUAACAGUUACUCUUCUUCAUCAAGAAAAAAAACCAAAAAAAUUAAAUACUAAAGAAUUGUUAGAAACAAAUGUUCAUAAAGAAAAAAAAUUAUCGAAAAAAGAAAUUUCUAAUGGUAUUGAAGAUGAAUUAUUAAUUUCUUCAAAUCGUCUUGAUACUCAAUUCCCUUUAAAUAGUCAAAACACUUCUUUGAUUAAUAAACUUCUUUCUUCUUUAUUAAGAAAUAAAGCAUCAUUCGCAUUUAAAGAACCAGUUGACCCUCAAUUAACAGGUGCAAUUAAUUAUUUUGAUAUUAUUAAACAUCCAAUGGACCUUGGAACAAUAAAAAAUAAAUUAAAAGAUAAAACUUAUAAAAAUGUAAAUGAAGUACUUUCUGAUAUUGAUUUAGUUUGGAAUAAUGCAUUUAAAUAUAAUGCCCCUAAUUCUGAAGUUUGGAAUCUUGCUAAAACAAUGUCAGAUGCAUAUGAAAAGAAACUAUCAACAAUGAAAUUUUCUAUUUAA